AUUAAAGUAAGGUACCUUUACAGUUGAAGGGACACACUUUAAAACUUCAGCCCCCCUUGGCCGUCUCGUAACUCUUUUUUCCUUUUCACCUCCCUUUCUCUUUUUCUUUGACAGUUCUUCUUCGGCAUCUCGACUUCUUGACUCUUUUGUCUAUUGUCGGCCGUGAACCCUCUCUUCUCACAAUGGCGUCCGUUUCGACUUCGGCUCUGCCCAAGCAGAACCCUGCGCUUAGACGCACCGUCACCUCAACUACUGUGACGGAUUCUGAGUCUGCCGCCGUCUCUCCUUCAGACUCUCCCCGGCACUCAGCUUCUUCCACAUCGCUCUCGUCCAUGUCCGAGGUCGAUAUCGCCAAGCCCAAGUCCGAGUAUGGUGUUAUGCUCGACACCUAUGGCAACCAGUUCGAGGUCCCCGACUUUACCAUCAAGGACAUCUACAAUGCCAUCCCUAAGCACUGCUUUAAGCGCUCUGCUCUCAAGGGAUACGCUUAUAUCCUCCGCGACAUUGUCCUCCUGACCACCACUUUCAGCAUUUGGUACAACUUCGUGACCCCCGAAUACAUCCCAUCCACCCCCGCCCGCGCUGGUCUGUGGGCCGUAUACACCGUUCUUCAGGGUCUUUUCGGUACCGGUCUCUGGGUCAUUGCCCAUGAGUGUGGUCACGGUGCUUUCUCCGAUUCUCGCCUCGUCAACGACAUUACUGGCUGGGUUCUCCACUCUUCCCUCCUUGUCCCCUACUUCAGCUGGCAAAUCUCCCACCGAAAGCACCACAAGGCCACCGGCAACAUGGAGCGUGACAUGGUCUUCGUUCCCCGAACCCGCGAGCAGCAGGCUACUCGUCUCGGAAAGAUGGCCCACGAGCUUGCCCAUCUUACUGAGGAGACCCCCGCUUUCACUCUUCUUAUGCUCGUCCUCCAGCAGCUCGUCGGCUGGCCCAACUACCUCCUCACCAACGUUACCGGCCACAACUACCACGAGCGCCAGCGUGAGGGUCGCGGCAAGGGCAAGAAGAACGGCCUCGGUGGUGGUGUCAACCACUUCGACCCCCGCAGCCCUCUGUACGAGAACAAGGAUGCUAAGCUCAUCGUCCUCAGCGAUAUUGGUAUUGGUCUGAUGGCCACUGCUCUGUACUUCCUCGUCCAGAAGUUCGGUUUCUACAACAUGGCCAUCUGGUACUUUGUUCCCUACCUCUGGGUUAACCACUGGCUCGUUGCCAUCACCUUCCUCCAGCACACCGACCCUACCCUUCCUCACUACACCAAUGACGAGUGGGACUUUGUCCGCGGUGCCGCUGCUACCAUUGAUCGUGAGAUGGGCUUCAUCGGCCGCCACCUUCUCCACGGCAUCAUCGAGACUCACGUUCUUCACCACUACGUCAGCAACAUCCCCUUCUACAACGCCGACGAGGCUACCGAGGCCAUCAAGCCUGUCAUGGGCAAGCACUACCGUGCCGAUGUCCAGGAUGGUCCUCGUGGCUUCAUCCGUGCCAUGUACCGAAGCGCCCGUAUGUGCCAGUGGGUUGAGCCCAGUGCUGGUGCCGAGGGCGCUGGUAAGGGUGUUCUGUUCUUCCGCAACCGCAACAACGUGGGCACUCCCCCCGCUGUCAUCAAGCCCGUUGCUUAAGCAGCAUUACGGCGUCGGAUCGGUUAUGGAAUCUAAAAUUGUUUCUAUCAGCGUUGAUUGUUCCAAGUUGGUUUCUGGUUUAGAGAGCUGGACAUGCUCGUUCAUGGGAGUUCUCGCUAUGGCAAUGGCUGAGAUGAUGUGGAGGUUGAAAAUAAUCUGACAUAACAUGCAAAGAUUGAUGAGCAAUAUGAUAGAGAAAGAUAGACGAAGCUCAAUGAAAAAGAACAAACCAUACUGAUUUCCUUGGA